UGACGUCACCGCGCUCGAGUGGGAGUCGAGUCUUCUCCGGAAUCGUUUGCUUUCAUUUCUGCACGAGCCCGUCUCGCGCCGUUUCCUUCGCUUCCCUUCGAACCAAAACAAACGUCGCCCGAGGCCGCUCGUUCCCCCGCACCGCUGAGGGAUUAUUCGGUGUUUUCUGCGAAAAGGCGGCCAGCAAAGCCAGAAGAAGAUGAGUGUGGAGGCGUACGGGCCGAGCUCGCAGACGCUCACCUUCCUGGACACGGAGGAAGCGGAGCUGCUCGGGGCCGACACGCAGGGCUCCGAGUUCGAGUUCACCGACUUCACGCUCCCCAGCCAGACCCAAACUCAGGGCCAGACCCAGAGCCAGCUCGACAACCAGGUGAAUGGGCCUGAUGGUGUUCUGCCCAAUGGAGAAGAUGCAGUGGUGAAGACCAGCCAGCUUCUGGCCGAGCUGAACUUUGAGGAGGAUGAGGAAGAUACUUACUACACUAAAGAUCUGCCGGUGCACGCCUGCAGCUACUGUGGCAUCCAUGAUCCAGCAUGUGUGGUCUAUUGCAACACCAGCAAGAAAUGGUUCUGCAACGGCCGCGGUAACACCUCUGGCAGUCAUAUUGUGAACCACUUGGUGAGGGCCAAAUGUAAGGAGGUGACGCUGCAUAAGGACGGACCGCUGGGUGAGACGGUUCUGGAGUGCUAUAACUGCGGCUGCCGUAAUGUCUUCCUGCUCGGCUUCAUCCCGGCUAAAGCCGACUCUGUUGUGGUGCUUCUGUGCAGGCAGCCGUGUGCCAGUCAGAGCAGUCUGAAGGACAUUAAUUGGGACAGCUCUCAGUGGCAGCCCCUCAUCCAGGACCGCUGCUUCCUGUCCUGGCUGGUGAAGAUCCCGUCUGAACAGGAGCAGCUGAGGGCCCGUCAGAUCACAGCACAGCAGAUCAAUAAACUCGAGGAGCUCUGGAAGGAAAACCCAACAGCGACCCUGGAAGAUUUGGAGAAACCUGGAGUGGAUGAGGAACCUCAGCACGUUCUGCUGCGAUACGAAGAUGCCUAUCAGUACCAGAACAUAUUUGGGCCGCUGGUCAAACUAGAGGCUGAUUAUGACAAGAAACUCAAAGAGUCCCAAACUCAAGACAAUAUAACAGUGAGGUGGGAUUUGGGACUGAAUAAAAAGCGGAUAGCUUAUUUCACUCUGCCCAAGACGGAUUCAGACAUGCGACUGAUGCAAGGAGACGAGAUCUGUCUGCGGUAUAAGGGAGACAUGGCUCCACUGUGGAAAGGGAUUGGACACGUCAUCAAAGUCCCGGACAAUUAUGGAGAUGAAAUCGCCAUCGAGCUACGCAGCAGUGCUGGUGCACCUGUGGAGGUGCCGCAUAACUUCCAGGUGGACUUUGUCUGGAAGUCGACAUCUUUUGACCGCAUGCAGAGCGCCCUGAAGACGUUUGCUGUGGACGAGACCUCUGUGUCCGGCUACAUCUAUCACAAGCUACUGGGUCACGAGGUGGAGGACGUUAUCAUCAAAUGCCAGCUGCCCAAACGCUUCACUGCGCAGGGCCUUCCAGACCUCAACCACUCGCAGGUUUAUGCUGUGAAGACGGUGCUGCAGCGACCCCUCAGUCUGAUCCAGGGGCCUCCAGGAACCGGCAAGACUGUCACCUCUGCCACCAUCGUCUACCAUCUGGCCAGACAGGGCAAUGGUCCGGUGCUGGUUUGUGCUCCGAGUAACAUCGCAGUGGAUCAGCUGACAGAGAAGAUCCAUCAGACGGGGCUGAAGGUGGUUCGUCUGUGUGCUAAGAGUCGUGAGGCCAUCGAUUCCCCCGUGUCUUUCCUGGCUCUGCACAAUCAGAUCCGCAACAUGGACAGCAUGCCAGAGUUGCAGAAACUGCAGCAGCUGAAGGAUGAAACUGGCGAGCUGUCAUCUUCUGACGAGAAACGUUACCGAGCCCUCAAACGAACCGCUGAGAGAGAGCUGCUCAUGAAUGCAGAUGUGAUCUGCUGCACAUGUGUGGGUGCAGGUGACCCUCGCCUGGCUAAGAUGCAGUUCCGCUCCAUCCUCAUCGAUGAGAGCACACAGGCCACGGAGCCCGAGUGCAUGGUGCCAGUGGUGCUCGGGGCCAAACAGGUAGUGACGGGCAAAUUUUCACACUGUCUAGAGCUAGAUCUGGAGGAUCUAGAUCAUCAUAUCACCCAGCCCAAAAACUUGCUCUAUGUUAAUGCACUAAGGACUGAGGCUUCUAAUGUGGAGAAGAUCACCACCCGUCUGCUGAAGGCCGGAGCCAAACCCGACCAGAUCGGCAUCAUUACACCAUACGAGGGCCAGCGCUCUUACCUGGUGCAGUACAUGCAGUUCAGCGGCUCACUGCACACCAAACUAUACCAGGAGGUGGAGAUCGCCAGCGUGGAUGCGUUCCAGGGCAGAGAGAAGGACUUCAUCAUCCUGUCUUGUGUCAGAGCUAACGAGCACCAGGGCAUCGGCUUCCUGAAUGACCCACGACGUCUCAAUGUGGCGCUAACCAGAGCCAGUGUCUGUCCUGCUUUUGAAAUAAUUAUUUGUGGAAAAAUAUGUUUAAUUUGUCACUGCUUGUCUGUCUUUACAGGGCGUCCAUCUAAUAUGUACUUCCAGACCCAUGACCAGGUCGGCAUGAUCGGGACUGGGCCGAACCCGAUGGGCUCCAUGAACAUCCCCAUCCCGUUCAAUCUGGUCAUGCCUCCCAUGCCUCCGCCUGGGUACCUGGGCCAGGUGAACGGACCUGCUGCUGGUCGGGGUGCUCCUAAAGGUAAGACCGGGGGUCGUGGAGGUCGUCAGAGGAACCGUGGCACUGGUAAUCACGGCAGCGGGCAGGCCAACAUGCCAGGCAGCCAGGCCAGUCAGGACCUGGUGUCCCAGCCCUUCUCUCAGGGUCCACUGACCCAGGGCUACAUCACCAUGAGCCAGCCGUCACAGAUGAGCCAGCCUGGACUGUCCCAGCCUGAGCUCUCACAGGACAGCUACCUGGGUGAUGAGUUCAAAUCCCAGAUGGACGUGGCGCUUUCCCAGGAUUCCACCUACCAGGGCGAACGGGCAUAUCAACACGGAGUGACUGGACUCUCACAGUACUAGAGUGUUGUUGGAACAGGAGCUAGGCCUGGUGCUGAGCUUAGUUCAUCAGCAUUUUAAAUAUGGGUAAAUAUAAAAAAAGAACAAACAUGGAUGCCCGUUUACCACUGUUACAACUGAAGCACCAUGGUGUGAGAGCAACAGGAGAGAAUCAAACCAAUCACAGGAGGGAGUGAAGCUGGACAGGACGAAAGAGAACGUGUGAGUGGCGGACUACAUCCACCAUUCGUUGAGGACGGGGAGGAGAAGGGGAGACGCAGUGUUAGGAGGAGACCAAACACGAGAUCUUCGAUCUGCAACUCCGCAACGUGGAGGAGGCUCCUGGAGCGCAGGGGCCCUUCCCGGCCUCCUCUCUCUCUCGCCUGGCUGCCGAUGGCAGCCUCAGGCCUUGCCCUGCCAACAGAGACGGAGCCAAGAUGAAGUUCUCUUAAAACUACCUGCAAAAACCACGCUUGCUCUGUCGUCUCCAUGAGCUGAGAGAGGGGGUGACGUAUUUCAAGUAAUUAUAAACGCUUUUCGAGCAGCUGAUUUUCGGGAAAGUAGAGUUCCCCUCAAAGUUGACAUCUGACAUUCAGGUUCUACCACCGCACAUCUUUGAGAGAACGGACGCCUGCGGCAAGAGUUUUCACGUUUUGUUUCGGAGCGCCUCUUGUCUCCAACCCGAGGUGCUAGGACACUCUGAAGGACGAUUCAACUUUGAGGAACGUUUUCCGCCUGAAGUCCGGGAGGGUAGAGGUGCCGUGUCGAACGGAGGGCCCGUCACAUCUCAUCCGCUCUCCGCUAGGUGAUUUGGGGUAGAAAUGGCUUUGGGAUGUUUAAAAAUUCCUUUUAAGUGUUCUGUCCUUUGCCGAGGGACCGACGGAUCUAUCCUUUCUUAUUUUCCUCUGUUUUAAAAUGUUUUUUGUUCAGCUAGAAUAAAAGCAGUGAAGUAGAACCGCUUGCUUGAUUUAGAUGUGGCUUCAAAAUCGAUCCAAACCACCGGGAUCUGUGGGUCAGGAGUGUCAAAAUCAGGUGAAACUCGUUCAUCUGGGUCUGUUCGAUUUGAUGUGUCAAUCAAAGCAAACUCCUCCCACUGUCCAAUCAGGUGAAACGCGAUCAUCUGAAUCUGAGACAAAUGUGUCAAUCACAGUAAACCCCUCCCACUGCUAUUCUGUCCAAUCAGGUGAAACUUGCUCGUCUGAAGCUGUUCAAUUUGAUACGAGACAAAUGUCAAUCACAGUAAACCCCUUCCACUGCUAUUCUGUCCAAUCAGGACGCAGUCAUAUUAUCGUUGUGCCCGAAUCGCUUUAGUUGCGCCUCAGAGAAAGCGGAAGGAGAUCGCCGCACCUAUGUGAAGCACAGACAGGUGAGAUUCUCGCUGUUUUUGUGUCUGACCGUAAGAGGCUCGUCCUGCGCUCUUGCGUUGUUGAUGAUGAUGAUGUCAGUGUGAGUGGGUGGUUUUACGCCCCCAACAGGUGUGUGUGUGUGUGUGUGUGUGUGUGUGUGUGUGUGUGUUUUCAGAAUGCCCUCCUUCAUUAUUAUUUUUGUUGUGAUAGAUGUUGUUUUCCCCCCUCUUCUUAGUAGCUCACAGUUUAUCUGACGUGAAGUUCUCGUAACCUCUCUCAGUGUGGAAAUUGCUCGAGUUAAUUUGGUUUCAAUGGACCCAUUCAGAGUUUUACGGCAGCUUUUAACAUCUGUUCCAACCGAUGCUAGUCGCCUCAACUUUGUACUUUUACUUUGGAGUGUUUAUACCUUGCUGUUACUUCAUACUCUCAGCCCUUUUGACUGUUUGAUAUUACCCACCACCACUCGCAUUUUAUAGCAUCGAGCACAGAUUAGUUUUAAGUUCACAUCCUUCGCUUUCUCUUUUUUCUUUGCCCACAAGACAAUCAUGAUUCGUUCAUAACUGAGGUCGCAGAAAUAUCGAUGCGACUUUUUCAUGUUAACCUCUCAUUUUAGAAUGAACUCAUUCUCUGAAAUUCCUGUAUACAGUUUAGUUUUCACCUUUCAUACUUCAACUGUAAAUAUCAGUGCUCAGAUUUGAUACAACGUCAGCCAAACUGUUGCCAAUGACAAUGAGAUGCUAACAUCCACAACAAGGCCAAGGUGAUCCACAGCGAUGCAUUCUUGUUUUAAUCGAGUAUGAAGAGGUUCUGCUGCGAAAAUGAAAUGUACAAUACAUUUAUAUGCUUUAACUUGCAAUGAAGAGGAACACUGGAGAAACAUCAGGAUAUGAAGUAUAAUUCAGGAUUUUGUUUUGUGGAAAAAGUUUUCACCCCCACAAUAUGUACUACUUGUAACGUUAUGAAUAAAUGUUGCUUUCUUUCA